CAAUCCUUGCGGGUGCUUUUAUUGGAUGUGCCGCUGUCAAGCAGUGCUGAAGAAUUGGAAGGGCAAACGCUAGAAAAGGCAGGGAAAAGACAAACAAAAAAAAAAAAAUCAGCAUUAUGUAGCUCGUUUCUGCCUUAUCGCUUCGCUGAAUGAGAGAAAAUCGUGGAUCCUGACAGUGUAGAAGCCUACAUUGUAGCCGGGGUUUGUGUCUCUCUAUCAGGCGGAUCAUCUUCAAUCGGGCAGCGGAUGUCUGAAUGGAGAUUGCAAGCCAUCCUCAAGAUUUCUCCGUUGCCUAAAUUGGUGAAUUUGGGCUGAUAAAUGGAGCGUUUGGUCGGACUACAUGACAUUAUGUUGCAAGCGGGAGACUUGACAUCGGAGCGACUGGCCAGAAUAAUACUCUGCAGUGUGAAUAUUUCAGCCUGUUGAUGAUGAACGGCUCAGGACUGGAGCAAAGUGUCGUGAGAACCGGUUUGUGGCCCAUGCCUUGAAUUGAAGUGGGGUAGCCAGAUUGUUAAAGGAGAGAAAAAAAGAUUACAUAUAUAUUUUUUGAUGGCUCUAGGGUGGGGAGGACGACAACAAAUGAAUCCACGGACACAAAAAAUGGAUAAAACUAUUGCUUGAGCCGGCGGGGGGACUGGUGUUCUAGGGCCUACUUGAUAACAGUGAAGUUGAAAAAAAAUGAGAAAAUGAUGAUGUGGUACGAAGAAGGCGAGAAGAGGAGCCAGAGUGAGGGAUAAAUCGUCCAUGGGGAUCUGAACAGCCCAGUUGAAGAAUAACGGAAUCCAAGUUUUCGAGGAUAAGACAGCUGCUGUGAUUAAAAGAUCUAUCCAAUUAACUUCAUGUGAAAAACAGAGGGAGGAAAUCAGCUUCCUGGUCGGGGGGUGGGGGAUAGAAAGAUAGAUAUAUUAUUCAUGCUUUGUUUUAGAGCAAUUGGAGAUCCCCGCUUUGUAUUGGCCUACUUAAUAUAUAGCCUAGAUUAAUACAAAAAAAAAAAAAAAAUGAAGUAGUUUAGAAAGAAGAUUGGACCUUCCAAACACAAGGAGACAGCGAAUGACACUUGGGUAGCCUCUAAGUAAAGCACUUGCGCAAAAGAAAAAAGGCUGAAGUGGGUUGAAGCAUGGGCUGUGCUUCAAGUAUUCAUAUCUCUGAUAGGGUGGUCUACCACAGUGGAAAAGAGUCCGAGGAUUCCCACUCACCCCAGCAGACUAAUACCACUCAGCAUCAAGGAAAUCCUGCCUCGGGACUACCCAUAAAACCCCUGAGUUGCAAGACCACAUUAACAGAGGUGCAAUUUGGACCAAUGAAGUUAUUUAAAGACCCGCUUCAGGUACUUUUAGUAUUUGCCAAAGAGGACAGUCAGAGUAAUGGCUUCUGCUGGGCAUGUGAGAAGGCCAACUUCAGGUGCUGCAUGGCGCGGACACCUGAGUCGGCUCUUGAAUGCUUCUCGGAGAAGCAUCACGACCUUGUCAUCAUUGACCACAGACAUUCCAGACAUUUUGACGCUGAAGCACUAUGCCGGUCAAUUAGAGCGGUCAACUCCUCAGAAAACACUGUGAUAGUCGCCGUUGUGAAAAGGCCAGACAGAGAAGAAGCCUCUGUGAUGCCUCUGAUCAAUGCUGGCUUUAAUAGGAGAUAUGUGGAGAAUGCCAAUAUGAUGGCCUGCUACAAUGAGCUGCUACAACUGGAGCAUGGGGAGGUGCGGGCGCAGUUCAAAUUGAGGGCUGGAAAUGCUAUUUUCACGGCUCUAGAACAAAGCCAAGAGGCCAUAGAGAUCACUUCUGAAGAUCAAGUCAUUCAGUACGUGAACCCUGCCUACGAGUCCAUUAUGGGCUACCAACAAGGCGAGCUAAUAGGGAAGGAAAUAAUAGAAGUGCCUAAAAGUGAGAAGAAUAAGCCUGAUCUCCUUGAAACAAUAAACUCCUGCAUACGGAAAGGAAAGGAGUGGCAGGGGAUUUAUUAUGCCAAAAAGAAGAAUGGAGACAGCAUUCAGCAAAAUGUGAAGAUCACACCUGUAAUUGGACAGGGAGGAAAAAUCAGACACUAUGUGUCUAUCAACAGGCCUUUAAAUGAUAAUAAUAAGAGUGAUAAAACCAGUGAACGUGUGCAAGCAGAGUCUCAGACAGACAUCCAAUCUAGUAAGCACAAAGACCGGAGGAAAGGCUCUCUUGACGUCAGGUCCACAACGUCUCGAGGGAGCGAUGGGAGCUCUCAGCGAAGGCACUCCUCCAUGGCCCGAAUCCACUCCAUGACCAUCGAAGCUCCCAUCACCAAGGUGAUCAACAUCAUCAAUGCAGCACAGGAAAGCAGUCCCAUGCCAGUGGCAGAGGCCUUGGAUCGGGUACUGGAGAUCCUUAGGACCACUGAGCUCUACUCCCCGCAGCUUGGCACCAAGGAUGAGGACCCCCACACAAAUGAUCUGGUGGGGGGGCUGAUGACGGACGGCUUGCGCAGGUUAUCAGGAAACGAAUAUAUCUUCGCCACAAAACAGCCCCACCAUAUCCCCAGCCACCUGACCACUCCUCUGUCAUUAAAUGACAUCCCUCCUCGUAUAGCUCAGACCAUGGAGAACGAGGACUCUUGGGACUUUGACAUCUUCAACUUGGAAGCUGCAACCAUGAAACGGCCUUUGACCUACUUGGGUCUGAAGAUCUUCUCUCGCUUUGGGGUGUGCGAGUUCCUAAGCUGCCCUGAGGCCACUCUGCGUUCCUGGCUACAAGUGAUCGAAGCCAACUACCACUCCAGUAACUCUUACCACAACUCUACCCAUGCAGCCGACGUCCUGCACGCAACUGCAUAUUUUCUCUGCAAGGAGAGGGUCAAGCAAAGUCUGGAUCCCAUUGAUGAAGUGGCUGCCCUGAUUGCUGCCACUGUGCACGAUGUGGACCACCCAGGCCGCACCAAUAGCUUCCUCUGCAACGCAGGAAGCGAGCUGGCCAUUCUCUACAAUGACACAGCUGUGCUAGAGAGUCACCAUGCAGCACUGGCCUUCCAGAUCACCACGAGAGACGAUAAAUGCAACAUCUUCAAGAACAUGGAGAGGAAUGAGUAUCGAACACUCAGACAGGCCAUCAUUGAUAUGGUGCUAGCAACUGAGAUGACCAAACACUUUGAACAUGUCAACAAAUUUGUCAACAGCAUCAACAAGCCACUGGCUGCUCUGGAGGAGAAUGGGACAGUCACAGGAAACAAUGAUGAGGAAUCCGUCAAAAGCGUCCUGACAUCCCCUGAGAACCGGAUCCUUGUCAAGCGGAUGCUGAUUAAGUGUGCAGACAUCUCCAAUCCAUGCAGGCCUCAGGAACUCUGUAUAGAAUGGGCUGGACGCAUCUCAGAGGAAUACUUUGCACAGACAGACGAGGAGAAGAGACAGGGCCUACCGGUGGUUAUGCCUGUGUUCGACAGAAACACGUGUAGCAUCCCCAAGUCCCAGAUUUCCUUCAUAGACUACUUCAUCACAGACAUGUUUGACGCAUGGGACGCUUUUGCAGAUCUGCCUAAUCUUAUGCAGCAUUUGGACAACAACUUUAAGUACUGGAAAGGCCUGGAUGAAAGGAAGCUGCACAGUCUGCGACCGCCUCCAGAGUAGGCGCACCGUAUGUGGCUUCAGCCCCUGGGCCCUGGGACUCUGCGGCCCUCUUCUCCUCUCUCCUGCUGGGGCGUCUCUCUCCCUGCCAGCCCAGCCACCCAGGGCCUACUCGCCUUCACUCUCCUGCUUCUGUAGCACGCCGCGCAUCCACAUGUCCGUCCAUACAGAUACACAGAAGGACUUCCUGACAGGCUGCUGCGCAAAAUGCCGCUGGCCUAUAACCCUGUCAGAUGAGAACUGUGACACACAGAGAGAUGGAUGGCUACAUGAACGCACAGCAUCCUUAUGAACUUCUAGUGCCUCUAAGGCAUUGGCGGUGUAGCUGGUCAAGUGACAUGACUGAGGGAGGGUCUUCACAGAGCUCCCAGCAAAGCAUCCGUCCCCUUCUUACCACAUGGGUUCUCCCUUUCUGUCCACGAGGCAGAUGUUGCUGUCUGAGUAAAAACUGCUUGUUCACUGAUGGAGUGAUUUACACUGACCAGGUGUUGCAGUACUUGGGUUUCCAGAAGAACUUGAGGAUCGGACGGAGAAGUGGUCUGGAGAUGGCGACCAGUCCACGUCACGCCAUAAAAUCACCUUGGACCUCCGUCCGUCUGCUCGCAAGCAAGGCAUGACAACUCUCUUGUGCCCCUGGAGGCCGCACCAUAGAACAACACUCCACUGCUUUUUUUUUUUUUGGGCUAUAUUUUUGUGUGUCCUUCAGAAACACAUCCACUAAUCCAGGCAAGGAAGAUUAUAGUGACACGAAGCUGUCAUAAGAGACAAGUGGGUUGGGAUGUUUUCUUCGGGGUCAGGCAGUGGAACUUUACUUAGGCCACUGAUGAGAGAAAAAAAAAAACAAACCUCAACAUCACGAUCAUAGGUAAUUAAUUACAGAUGAUUUGGUAUACUAAUUUUUCUUAGAUGUUCCAUAUUUUCUGUAUUAAAAAAUGCAUACAUGAAUUAGUUGGUAAAUAAGAACAAAAUAAAUUAAAAAAGAGAGAGAAGCCAAAGCUGAUUAAGACGAAUACUACUAUAACUCUCAAAGUCUUGUCCACAAUUAUUAUUCAUAUGAAGCAUUAGCAUUAUAAACAUUUUUAUUUUCUUAUCAAAAGUACAGUACCAGUUUGAAUGAACACCUUUGUAUUGCACUGUAAACAAUAUUAGAAAUGUCUACGUCUCAGUGAUUUGUCCAGGGAUGGGAUGUUGCAUUGGAGAAUAAGCUGUGUUAAUGCUGAUCAUCAGGAGUGUGUGUGUAUGUGUGUGAGUAUCUGUGUUUGUGUGUGUGAAUGUGAGUGUGUGUGUGUGUGUGUGUGUGUGUGUGUGUGUGUGUGUGUGUCUGGGUGUGUUCAUUGUUGCAACAAUCCCUUACUCUUGGUUUAAUGCUGUAAACCGCUUGACAUUUGACAACAGCAGAAAUAUGUGAAAACAUUUUGGACUUGAAAGAUUUUUUUCUCCCAGAAAUUUUUGUAUCUGGUUUAUCCUACUGAAAAGACUGCCUUAUUUUAUACAAUAUUUAUACAGUACAUCCCACUGUGCAACUGCAACGGACAUCUGGAGUUUUUAUUAUAACAUAGUCAAAAGGUUAUGUUCAAGUAAAUCUCAAUAUUUUUAUAGACAAUGAAUUUUACACUGGAUUUGCAGCAAACGAGAUCAACCAUUAUAGCUAUCUGAAUACCUGUGAAUUGGAUGGUAACAAAGAGGCAUUUCUGGCAUGUAUACAGAGAACUAAAUGGUUUAGAAGGAUGUGGAUUACGGAAUUGUCUAUCACUGUCUUUAACCAGUCUCCUAGAGGCCAGCUUGCUUUGAUUUUGAUCAAACAUCCUUCUAUUUUUGGCCAUUGUCCAACAUCCUUAUGCACAGACCCAGGGAACAACUUCUAUUCAAGGUUGGUUUCAGAUUAGGAUACUAAUAUACGUUAAAGAAUGUUGCUUAUUAAGAAUAUUUCCUAUUUAAACAGUAUAUAGAUGCCAUAACAACUAAGCAAAUGAUGGUUAAUAAGAUGUAUUGACCACGGUAUCUUUGUUUCUCUCUUAUGACAGAAUUGUACACUCAAUCAGGGGAUUUGUUUGUUCCUUCUGAUUCACUUCUUGGUCUGAAGGCACCGGGGGAAAAAAAUUAGAAACUAU